AUGAGGGAGAGCCAAAGUCAUGAUUUCUGUCAAUGGAGUGGAGUAACAUGUGACAACGAGGCACAUGUUAUAGCUCUUGAUCUCAGUGAAGAAUCCAUCUCUGUAGGACUUGACAAUUCCACCAGCCUCUUCAACUUGCAAUUUCUGCAAAAUUUGAACUUGGCUUAUAAUGAGUUUGAUUUUGAGGUUCCUUCGGAUUUGCACAAGCUGAAAAACUUGAGGUAUUUGAAUUUUUCAAACGCAGGUUUUAAGGGUCAGAUUCCAAAUGAGAUAUCUUAUCUGAGAGAGCUAGUUUUUCUUGAUUUAUCUACCUCACUUCACACUCUAAAACUUGAAAAGCCAAAUGUAGCAAAGUUCUUACAGAACCUCACAAAAAUUAAAGAGCUAUAUCUUGAUGGUGUGAAGAUGUCUGUUAAGGGGAAGGAGUGGGGCCAAGCACUAUAUUCACUGCAAAAUCUUCAAAUUGUUAGUAUGUCUUCUUGUUUUCUUCUUGGACCUAUUGAUUCAUCACUUGUAAAACUUCAAUCUCUCUCAGUUCUUCGGUUGAACAAUAACAAUUUCACAAGCUCUGUGCCUGAGACCUUUGGUGGUUUAACCAACUUAACCACCUUGCAUCUUAAAAACUGCAAUUUGAUUGGGAUGUUCCCAAAACAAAUCUUCCAAAUAUCCAACUUGCAGGUCCUUGAUUUGUCAGAAAAUCAAAAUCUUCAGGGCUCUCUACCAUAUUUCCAGCAUAAUGUAUUUCUCCAGUCAUUGAACCUUAGUCGUAUAGGUUUCUCAGGACAACUACCAAGUUCUAUUCACAAUUUGAGGAUGGUGUCUUCAUUGGAUCUAUCAAACUCCAAAUUCCAUGAAAGGCUUCCUAGUUCUAUUUCAGAACUUACUUCACUUGUUCAUCUAGACUUGUCAUUCAACAACUUCACUGGUUCUCUUCCAUUUUUCAAUAUGUCAAAGAACCUUUCAUAUCUAUUUGUCAAUAACAAUGGCUUGGAGGGUGAAGUUCCAUCUUUUCAUUUCAAGGGCCUUGAAAAACUUGUCUCCAUUGAUUUAGGUUGUAAUUUUCUCAAUGGGAGUGUUCCUUCCUCUCUUUCUACACUUCCAUCUUUGCGUCAACUGAGUCUUUCUCAUAAUAAAUUUGAGGGUCUAUUGGAUGAAUUUCCAAAUGCUUCUUCUUCCCCAUUAGAGAUCCUCGAUAUCAGUGGGAAUAAUUUACAAGGGCAUAUUCCUCUGUCUAUCUUUCAUCUCAAAAGACUCAGUUUCAUCGAGUUUUCCUCAAACAAGUUCAAUGGAACCAUACACUUGGAUAUGUUCAAAAGCAUGAAAAAUUUGGCAACAUUAGAUCUCUCUCAUAACAACUUGCUAGUUGAUGGAAAUUUAGUGUCUGACCAAAUUCAUCAGUCACCAUUCCCUAAAUUGAACAAUCUCAUGUUGGCUUCUUGCAAGUUGAGAGAAUUUCCAAGAUUUCUCAGACAUCAAUCUAAUUUGUUCUAUCUUGACCUAUCCAGCAACCAAAUUCAAGGAACAAUACCCAAUUGGAUUUGGAGGUUUCAUUCAUUGGUUUUCCUAAAUCUUUCCAACAAUUUUCUAACAGAUUUGGAAGGUCCUUUUCAAAAUAUUAGCUCCAAUUUGUUUUCUCUUGAUCUUCACUCCAACCAACUUAGAGGCCUAGCUCCCAUACUUCCAAAAAAUGUGCUCCACUUGGACUACUCAAGCAAUCAGUUCAGCUUACUUGACCCACCAGAUAUUGGUAACCAUAUCCCUUUCACAAUUUCUCUCUCCCUUGCAAAUAAUAGUUUUCGAGGGAAAAUCCCAGAAUCCCUCUGUAACAUUUCUUCUCUUCGGCUGCUUGAUCUUUCUGAUAAUCGCUUUAGUGGUUCCAUUCCUGAGUGUUUGACAAGAAUGACGACUCAUAGAGUGUUGAAUCUAGCUGGAAACAACCUCACAGGCCAGAUUUCAGACACAUUUUCAACUUCUUGUGCCCUCCAAUUCUUAGACUUGAAUGAAAAUUUCUUCAGUGGUAAAAUCCCAACAUCUUUGGUUAACUGCCUUAAACUACAAGUCAUAAACCUGGGAAAUAAUCAAUUGACAGAUAGAUUUCCAUGUUUCUUAGGGAACAUACCCACCUUAAGAGUCAUUAUUCUCAGGUUAAAUCGAUUUUAUAGGAACCUUGAAUGUCCAAAUAGCAAUGGAAAAUGGAAGGCACCUCAAAUUGUUGAUGUGGCUUCAAAUAAUUUAAGUGGUACUCUACCUGUUGCACUUUUGCAAAGUUGGAAAUCAUUGAUGACACCUGAUGAAGAUGACGGCAAAUCAAAGUUAGGCCAAUUGUACAUUGACAUCUAUGACAACAUUAAUCUCAUAGACGUCAAUGUUGGAAUAUCCUCUUUGAACAAAGAUCUUGCAUUGGAGCUAGCCAAAAUUAUAGCAACAGAAUCACAAUUUGUGAUCAAUAGAAUAUUCUUUGAUGUCAAUGCAUAUGAUUUUGGUCGUCGUAGCUACUUGGAUUUAGUGACAAUUGUCAACAAAGGAAGACAACUAAAGUUGGUCAAGAUUUUUGUCUCCUUUACUUCCUUGGAUUUCUCAUCCAAUCAUUUUGAAGCGUCAAUACCAGAGGAAAUUAUGAAUUUCAAAGCACUUCAUGCUCUUAACUUGUCAAAGAAUGCUUUUUCAGGCCAUAUUCCUUCAUCUGUAGGAAACUUAAAGCAUCUUGAAUCAUUAGACUUGUCAAUGAACUCUUUUAGUGGGAGAAUUCCAUCAGAACUCGCAAGUCUAAAUUUCCUUGCAUUUCUCAACCUCUCCUAUAAUCAUCUGAUAGGGCUAAUCCCAACAGGUACUCAAAUUCAGUCAUUUGAGGCUGAUUCCUUCAAAGGAAACAAUGGUUUAUGUGGGCCUCCAUUAGUACAAAAUUGCAAUUUCGAUGAUAUACCAGGAUUGUUGACCCCAACAUCAUCGUCUAAAACAUCUGAUAAAUCAAACUAUGGCAGUGACAUUGAUUGGAAUUUCUUGAGUGCUGAAUUGGGAUUUACUUUUGGCCUUGGUAUUAUUAUCUUUCCCAUUAUUUUUUGUCAGCAAUGGAGGUUGCGAUACUUCAAAUAUGUAGACAAUAUGCUUUACAAGGUUAUCCCUCAGAUGGAUUUCACAUAUGAACACCGUGGAGGGAAAACUUACAGAUGCUUAAGGUGGAAACCUUUCUGA